GGUUGGACAGCUUCAUUUCACAUUGUCAAACUCCGACUCCUAAACAUUUACUUGCCUGUUCUGUGAAUUAAGUGAAACGACUCUUCAAUAAUCCACUGAAAGAUAUGGAUACCAAGAAAAUUAGCGUGUGGAUGUUCCUUCCUCUUGUAAUGUCUGUUUUCACAACAGUUGGGCUAUGGAUAGUAUACUUUAUUGCAAUCGAAGAUGGAAAGAUUUUCCCUCUAACAUUUAACAGAAGACCUGAUUUAAGACGGCCGCCAUAUAUAAGCGUUGCAGGUGAUUCGCCUCCAGCAAGCUGUGUAUUCAGUCAAGUGAUGAAUAUGGCAGCUUUUCUAGCCCUGGUUAUUGCUGUCCUGCGAUUCAUACAACUAAAGCCGAAGGCGAUAAACCCAUGGCUUAGUAUAAGUGGUCUUGUGGCGUUCUGUCUGACAUCAUUUGGAAUGACGUUGUUGGGUAAUUUUCAGCUUAACGGCAGUGAGCAGAUUCAUAAUAUCGGUACAUCGAUGACCUUUGGUUUUGGAACCCUAGCAUGCUGGAUUCAGGCCAUCCUGACCUUUAAAAUAAACAUCAAGAACGAAGGAAGAAAAGCUGGAAUCCCCAGAAUUAUGUUAUCAGCGAUCAUUACACUAUGUGUUAUCAUAUAUUUUAUAUUCGAGUGGCAGAAGCUUAACAUUCUUGCACCAAGAGUCCAGUGGGUCCUUGUUAUGUGCUUUGUGCUCUACUUUGGAACAUUGGCAGUGGAGUUCAGACACUGUAGAUUUGAAAUCAUUUGUAUAGAGAAUCAGGAACACCAGGAGAUUUUCAACAGUAUCUCAGAGAACAUGUCUGACCUCUCAGAGUACCAAACAGACCAGGUGUAAAACUGCGGUGAAAAGAACUGAAGACCUAUGAAUUGAGACAUUGUUUUUGUAAUGCAAUUUUAUGUGAAUACCUACCAAAAACUUUUUUCAGUGUUUUAUGUUAGGGUUUUUGGUUUUGUUUUUUGUUUUUUAUAAAGUAUCGAUUUGGAGCCUUCAGAGGAUUUAUUGAUCUGAUAUAUCUCGGCAGCUGUGAUGGAAGAAUAAAGAAUCGAAAUAGGAAACCUAGAAGUUUGGGUAAGCUGAGAAAUCUAAUGUGCACGUGAAAAAAAUUCACUCAACAUUGUUUCAGAUAUAUAUCAGGAAUUUAUCACAACCAUCACUUCGUGUUACAUCAUAUCCAGAUUGCUUCAAGGAUGCAUUCUUCUAAUGGACACAUCAUUAUUCAAAUAAACACUUGUACAUUACCUUAUCUGCCAUGUUAAAAGGAAUCAGAGGAAACAACAUGAGACAGUGGGUCAUAGUGCUCCAAUAAUUUUCUGUAAAUAUGUCAAGAUGCAUACCUUGAAUGUAGGACUUUUUAAAUCCUUUUGCCUUGUACUGGUGGUAGUUCAACCACAUAACUGAAUGUGACUUCUGCAAAUAAUUUUACAGCAAUUUUAUUCAGUCUUCAAGUUUCAUCUGCUAGUUCAUGGGAUGAUAUUGGAUCAGUACAUUCAUUGCUUACCAAAACAGUAGGGCAAAUUGGGAUAUCUGGGGUAUAUUGCUAUAUUGCUAAAUAGCAAUAUACCACACAUAUAUAUUGUGUGGUAGACACUUGCUGUUUUGAUGAAUUUAUCACUACAGAAGGUUGUAUGAACCAGUUCUUGGUGUUGAGCUACUCAUUAGAACCUGUUUGUUUGUUUUUUACAUUAGAAUGAGCAUCAUAUUUUGCGUUUACACAAAAUUGUGGAAAAUUGAACAAACACCACCUUUGUGACCUAAACAAUUUGGUAUUACAAAGUUCCAGUCUCAUUACUGGCUUGUCUUGAUAUGUAUUCUUUUUUUUUAAUUGAUCAAACUUUAUAGUUGUGAUUUGAUUUGCCAGUUAAGGUAUGUUUUAUUGUUGUCUUGAAGUCAGAAGGAAGUGUCCUUCCUUGUGAUAUAGGUUUUUGUGUCCAUAGGAUAAUCAAGCUGUUAAUUGAAUCUAGCUGUGAAACUCAAAUUACCAGAAUUGAUCAAAUAUCCUUUAAAAAUGUAUCCCAUUCACGAGGCUCAUUUAUAACAGUGCCUUAAAAACAAUUCAGUGCUUCAUCGCUCUUUCGUAGGCCAUGAGAGUUUAGAUUCCAAAAUAUAGUACAUACCUGCUUACUUUGAAGCAUUGCA